CUCCUCCCACACACCUCUGUCUCUUUCUCUCUCUCUCUCUCUCUCUCUCUCUCUCUCUCUGGCUCACUGUCUCACUGUAUUCACUCGCUCACUCCUCGCAUGUGUCGUAAGUAAGUACAUGAGUCACUGAAUUUAGUUUGAAAGCGUCGUUUACCGCACGCGCUUACUCCCAACGUGCCCUCUUCUUUCUCCGUUCCUUCCUACCAAUGCGUCUCCCACCGCGAAUCCCCUACGAGGUUUUUGUAUCUACAUAUGUACGAGAGAGGUAACGUGCGUGCGCGUGUGCGUGAGUCUGGGUUGGGAUACACGAGACAAAGUUCUAAGCGCUUUACCAUACGCACCACAUGUCAAACAUAGCGCGUAUCAAAGUAACUUUGCCGGUUGACACGUGUAUGCCCCUUUAGAAUAAGACUCGCCGAUUGAAUGAUCGCAUAUAUUUUCCCUCGCGUUUAUUUUGUCUCGUCUCGCCGUAAAAAGGAAAGCAAAUUGUUCGUCUGAUUCGCGUUACGAUGUAGAAAGAAAAGAAAGAAAAGAAAAAAAAGAAAAAUGAAAAAUUAACAAAUACUUUCGGAGAUGAAAAAUCAAAUUGUAUCACUUUCAUUCGAACGAAAAUAAAAAUCGCCGGCCUAUUUAAACGUCUAAUUAAACGUCAUUCGAACGUAUAUGAUCGUUCUGUAAACGUGAAAAAGGAGAAAUCUUAAUAAAAAGUCGUCUUGAUAAAAACGACGAUGAAAAAAAAACGAAGAUAAAAUUAAUAAUAAUAAUAAUAAUAAUAAUAAUAAUAAUAAUAAUAAACGGAGAGAAGGUAAAAUCGAAGCAGUAAACAAGAUGCAAGCUAGUAGCGCGAAAAGUCUCCCUUUUGUUAUAUUUAGACGUUUUCCAUACCUUUAUAAUCCCGCUGGUUCUCCCGAAGUCACGAGAAGCCGAGAUGAUAGAGACUGAAACGAAAGCGAAACGUGUCUCUCGGUUAGAGUACGCGCGCACACAAGCACAUACGCAGAGACGCGCGCGCGCGCGCGCGCACGCACGCACGCACGCACGUACGGAAAUGGAUAAGAGGAAAAGGGGGCAAGAAACGAAGAAACAAACACGCACGAGAGUAUCGAGAUUCCAGGCUUCAACGAGGUGUGGUUGGUGAUCGGGUUCCUACUGAAAGAUCGAGACUCGCCUAAAUUCCCACGGCAAGUGAAUGCGCACACACCCUAUAUAGCUGGAUAUUGAUUGGCGCGGGGUUGCGUGCCAACACGCGACGCACGUGUGUACGUGUCGACUCGCUGCGUUAGCGACUCGCGCCCCCUAGACAGCCCUUAACCUUCCAUCCAAUGCUGCUCCUCCUCCCUGUAUACCCCUCAGCCGCCGUAAGAUUAGGGAUUCACCAUUUCACGAAGGGCGAGAAAGCGACAUCGACCCCGCCCUUGAAAUGAGAACCUGCCACCGUCGUCUUCGAACGUCAAAUCUUUCAUUUGUAUUUUCUUAGAUUUGCUUAAAAAUUAUAUUUUCAAUUCACAAAUUUGUCCGUUUUCCUGAUAAACUUUUCAUCUACAUACGCGAGAAGAAUUUUCUAAUUCAAAAAAUAUUGUUGAAACAUUCGAAAUCUUUGAUAAAACGAUGAUAUUUGGAUGUUCGAAUGAAAGGAAGCGUCCGAAGUGUAAUUUUCCCCGUAUCGGCCAACCUCUCUCGGCUCACAACUAACUAUUUAGGAGGAGUGAUUUAAAAAAAAAAGAAAAAAAAAAAAAAAAAAAGAAAUAGAAAAAAAAAACAAAAGAAAACAGAGAGAGAGAAGAAGAGAAAAAUAAAAAUGUCUCAUUUUCAAAUGAUAUUCAUUCAAAAUGGAAGAAUUCCAAUCGGAAGUACGAUACGAGUCGAAUUCGAUUAACGACUUUCUCUCAGCCGCGAUCGAACACGAUCGAUCGAGCUAAGAGUAGUAUCAGGCAAACUCGAAUGUGGAAAUUUUUGGCCUUCGUCUGUCAUGGCCGCGAGUCUCCGCGGUUACGUUUGGACAGGGUUUGAUAAUAACGAGAGCGAAGAGGAUUCGAGGGAGGAAGAUUUGAGAGGAGUUUUUCGUCGGCGAGGAGGAACCAAUAGAGGAAGACCAGCACGAAAUCCAUUGCUGAUCCUCCGGCCGUUACUUUCAUCGUUACCAGGUCGUCGACUUGGUUCAAGGCCACGAACCGACGGACAAUUACGUCAGGAUGACGCUCAGGAAGCUAUCGUUGCCCAAUCAAAUAUUACGAGACGUCGUUUUCGUACUGCCGCUGUUCUUGCACUUAAACAGUGCAAGAGAAAACAGGCAGCCAGAGUGAGGAAGUGUGUUUGUCUCCCCUCCAAUUACGCCCUGGUCGAGUUCCCAAUUGUCUGGUCGGAACUUAGAGCAAAUCGACAACUUUGCGACGGUGCUAUCAGAUGUGCCAAGGAUGAGUUUUUUCCUGUUCAUCGAGCCAUACUUUCAGCGGUUAGUCCUUACUUCAAAGCCCUCUUCACCAAUAGCCUCAAGGGUGGAAAGAGCGAGACUACCGAGGUAGUCAUCGACUCGGUACCCAGCGAAAUCUUCGCUCUGAUACUCGAUUAUGCUUACACUGGCACCUGCAACGUUAACGCGGACAACGUAGAGCAACUCUUACCUUUGGCAGAUCAAUUCGAGGUCCUUGGCGUUGUCCAGCUCUGUUGUCAAUUUCUCUUGCAAGAACUCAAACCGGACAAUUGUCUAGGAAUCUUCAAAUUUGCACGUCAUUAUUUCUGCCGGGAUCUCGAAGAGAAAGGCCGAAGAUACAUUCGUCAUCACUUCAAACAUAUACUUUACGAGAGUUCAGAGUUCAAGGAAUUGCAGUCGGAGGAAUUGGAGUCAAUAUUAGAGGACGACGAACUCAACGUGAAAAAUGAAGAGAUAGUAUUCGAGGCCGUUAAAACCUGGGUCGAGUAUAAAGUGGAUGAGAGGAAGAUUCACGUGACAAAGUUGCUGGAAUGUAUUCGUUAUGGAUCAAUGAGCUACAAUUAUUUCGCUGACAACGUCCUCAAUUGGAAACUCAUUCGGGAAAACGAAGCCUGUCAACGAACAUUGCAGUCGGCAAAAGCUUACCUAACCGAACAAGACAACAAACAGAACGGAGAAAUCGACAUGAAGAAUCCGUUGUCGAGACCACGAGUACCCUACGAAAUACUUUUUGCGAUUGGCGGUUGGAGUGCCGGUUCACCGACCAGUUUCGUCGAGACUUACGACACGAGAGCUGACAGAUGGUUUCUAUCAGUAAGCACGGAUCUGACGCCACGAGCUUAUCACGGGAUAUGCGCUCUCAACGAUCUCAUCUACAUGAUUGGAGGAUUUGAUGGGAAUGAACACUUUAACACCGUCCGAUGUUUCGAUCCAGUGACGAAGGAAUGGCGUGAACGAGCUUGCAUGUACCACGCUAGGUGUUAUGUUAGCGUUUGUACGCACGGUGGCAAGAUAUAUGCAUUAGGAGGAUACAAUGGAAGAACCAGAAUGAAUUCGGCCGAACGAUACGAACCACAGAAGAAUCAAUGGGAAAUGAUACCGCCGAUGAAUCGACAACGUUCGGACGCUAGUGCGGCUGCACUCCGCAAUAAGAUUUAUAUCGUUGGCGGUUUCAAUGGUCAGGAAAUCCUCGACUCCGCCGAGGUCUACGAUCUCGAAAGCAAUCAGUGGAGUUACAUUCGAUCGAUGAUCAGUCCUAGAUCCGGUGUCUCGUUGGUUGCUUUUCGAGAUAGUCUUUACGCUCUGGGCGGCUUCAACGGCUUCAUUAGGCUAAGUUCCGGAGAACGUUACAGUCCUAACAACUCCGAGGAUUGGCAGGAAGUCACCGAAAUGUUCAGUCCACGAAGUAAUUUUGCCACCGUGAUCCUCGACGAUAUGAUCUUUGUAGUUGGAGGUUUCAAUGGUACAACCACUAUCGCCUACGUUGAGUGCUACGAUGCGGAUAGCAACGAGUGGUACGACGCGUCGCCGAUGAAUCUCAAUCGGAGUGCACUCAGUGCCUGCGUGAUAUCUGGUCUAUCAAACGCACGAGAGUACUCCUACCUCAGCAAAGUACGAGAUCUUGGUCAAGGUCAAGCAACUACGAAUGGUCGUGUAAAACCGGAUCAAGCUGGAGAAGGUCCUACCGAGACGAACAUUGCCAUGAUCAUAGACGAAGCAAUUGGUAUGAAUGCUGCUGGACCUAUUGACGGUAUGGCCGAGGGUGCUCUUGGAAAUUUUCACGAGGAAAACGACGAAGCGCCAGAGGACUUUCGUAACGUCGAAUAGGACGGAACGCUAUCCUUUCUAAUUAUUUAUUAUUAUUUUAAGAAAUUAAAAAAACGCACACACAUGCACACGCACACACACGCACACGCACGCACACGCACACGCACAAAAGCACACACAAAAUCAUAUCGUUAAUCGGAAGCAAAGCAACAUUUCUACAAAAGAUUCAAGAUCAAACAACUUUACAAAUUUUUAUCCUUCAAUCGAUUUAGCAAUUUAUCGUUUUAGCAAAUUUUUUAUGCGAUAUUGAUAUCUUUUUUAUUUUUUUCUUUUUUCUUUUCUUUUUUUUAAUCUUUGUAAAAUUUACAAGGGACACGUUAAUUUCACGCGUGUAUAUACGAUUUUAAUUUCUCUGAUUAUCACGUACGUCUAUGACUUUUAUCUAUAGUGUCUCAAACACGUUUAUUUUGAAGAUAUAAAGAACGAAAUGGUGAAAAUUAUUUCGAAUUUUUAUUCUCGCACGUGUAUCUUCCGAUUGUGUUCGUUAUCGUGAUUGUUAUGUAAUCAGAGAGAUAUUUAAUCCUAUUAAUAAAACUAUAUAAAUGUGUCUUUAUUCCUUUCUUUUUUUUCUUCUUUAUGAAAGUAUAGAGCAAGCUGAAGAUAAAAAUCAGGUUAUUGGCAUGCAGCCGGUCCCCUUCAUUAAUAAAUCGAGAUUUUGUAUUAAUCUAUCUCUUUAUGUAUAGAUUUAUUUCAUUUUUUCUCAUAUGUACGCAUAUAUUAUGUAUAGUGUAUACAUUGUUACUUCUUCAUUGGUGUUUCUCCUUUAACGACAAACUUCUUUACUUCUUGUACUUCUCUCUUCCCCGCCUCUCAUUCUCUCUCUCUCUCUCUCUCUCUCUCUCUCUCUCUCUCU